GUGAAUGGGCGGCGUCACGCGCCUGGCGCCAGAGAGUCUGCUCCGGGGCUCCGGCUCCGGCCCCGCCGCGGCCUGGCCCGCGCGCCGCCGCCGCCGCCGCCGCCAAUUCAUCACCUGUCAGGGAUCACUCGCGGGGUCACGGGCGGAAUGGACACAGCUGUGAGAACAAAACCCGGGAAAGAAAGGCGAACGCUCCCCAUUGCGCCAGAUGUGCAGGGAGGACCUUGAGACGCGCCCCCCGCCCCCGCAGGCUCCUCCCGCCCCCCGGCGCAUCACGCGGGGGUGGCAAAGGCGGCCUGGCCAGCGCGGAGCUCCCGGCCCGGAGCUGCUUCUGAUUACCGCGAGGGGCCCGGACGCGAGAGCCGCCGCGGGGCCUGCCCUAGAGGCGGAGUGAGUGAGUCCUGGAGCCAGGCUGGGGGACCUUACGGGCCGGUCUGUCGCUGCCACGGGGUGGGGGCGUCCCGGUGGGGAGUCGAGGGGGACCGCACCAACACCCACCAGCGGAAGCCCUGCACACCUUCCCACCGCCCGCGGAUCUAGCCCUCCCUCUAGCUGGGGCCGUUUGAACUUUGGAGGCCUCAAAUGCAAACCCACCCAAGCCACCAAUUGACAGAUUUUGACUUGCUUUUAAACCCACUUCGAAAAUGCUCCGACACGAUUUUCCCCCACGAAAGCAAUUUUUAAGGUGAUUUCAUAUUGGGCGUGCUGAAACACACUAGUAACUUAGGCCUUGUUUAAAUCAUUAACUUAUACAGCUUCGUAAUCCCCUUUAAAUGAUCUUUAAAUGAAUGUAAAACUGGGUAGUGUGCCAAUAGAAUCGAAUUCAGCACAGCCAGGCAGACUGGACUCUGACAUGGCAGCUAAAGAAAGAAACACCAGAAAACUUUCACCAUAUUUAGCCAUUUUACUACAUCAGGGUACAAAAAUGAUCAUGGGAGAAGGCACUGCCUUAAUCAACUUUGCAAAGUGUAAAGUGAAACCGCACAAUGCUCAUUACCGCCCAGCCCAGAGCCUGGCUGUGGGGAUAAUGAGGCUGGCACGGAUGUUAACAUACGGUGUCCUUGGAAAAAGCUAGGAAUGCGUCAGUAUCGAAGAGCUGCAAUGUCCAAGAAUCAUAAGUAAUAAUUUGAGAAUCCCAAAGAUGUUUGUUUACAUUGGCUAUUAUUGUAAAAUAGUCAAAGUAUAACAUCAUGAACCAAAAUAGUGUCAAAACAAAAUCUGUUCCACUGUGGCACGUAUGUGACAGAAACACAUGCACACAAAGUACAUCAAAAGGCUCGAACUGUGGGAGGACUCGGAUAGUAAAUCACUUCCAGACUUAAUAUCAGAAGAGAUACGGUGCGUCCAACGCUGUCAGGGACAGAGUCGCAGGCAGCAUUGCCUGGCCUUGGGAAGGCCCUCCGCAAACUUCUGGCUGGACAGGAAACAGUUUACCUCCUUCCUCCAAACUGAGGGGGCUGAAUUUCAGGAAGUGAACUGUGGCUUCCCCCCUGCGGUGCUGAACUCGCCCGUGUAGCUGUGAUUUUAGAGCUGCGGACAGCUCCAAGCUGGGCUCGCGCCCCGCCCACCCCGCGGGGAUUGGCUGCGAACGCGGAAGAACCAAGCCCACGCCCCGCGCCCGCGCCCACCAAUGGAAGCGCCCGCUCGUCUUGAUAGACGUGCCACCUUCCGCCAAUGGGGACGAAGGGAAGCUCGAGCGUGUGGCCCCGGCGAGUGCGGAUAAAAGCCGCCCCGCCGGGCUCGGGCUUCAUUCUGAGCCGAGUCCGGUGCCAAGCGCAGCUAGCUCAGCAGGCGGCAGCGGCGGCCUGAGCUUCAGGGCAGCCAGCUCCCUCCCGGUCUCGUCUUCCCUCGCGGUCAGCAUGAAAGCCUUCAGUCCCGUGAGGUCCGUUAGGAAAAACAGCCUGUCGGACCACAGCCUGGGCAUCUCCCGGAGCAAAACCCCGGUGGACGACCCGAUGAGCCUGCUAUACAACAUGAACGACUGCUACUCCAAGCUCAAGGAGCUGGUGCCCAGCAUCCCCCAGAACAAGAAGGUGAGCAAGAUGGAAAUCCUGCAGCACGUCAUCGACUACAUCUUGGACCUGCAGAUCGCCCUGGACUCGCAUCCCACUAUUGUCAGCCUGCAUCACCAGAGACCCGGGCAGAACCAGGCGUCCAGGACGCCGCUGACCACCCUCAACACGGAUAUCAGCAUCCUGUCCUUGCAGGCUUCUGAAUUCCCUUCUGAGUUAAUGUCAAAUGACAGCAAAGCACUGUGUGGCUGAAUAAGCGGUGUUCAUGAUUUCUUUUAUUCUUUGCACAACAACAACAACAACAAAUUCACGGAAUCUUUUAAGUGCUGAACUUAUUUUUCAACCAUUUCACAAGGAGGACAAGUUGAAUGGACCUUUUUAAAAAGAAAAAAAAAAUGGAAGGAAAACUAAGAAUGAUCAUCUUCCCAGGGUGUUCUCUUACUUGGACUGUGAUAUUCGUUAUUUAUGAAAAAGACUUUUAAAUGCCCUUUCUGCAGUUGGAAGGUUUUCUUUAUAUACUAUUCCCACCAUGGGGAGCGAAAACGUUAAAAUCACAAGGAAUUGCCCAAUCUAAGCAGACUUUGCCUUUUUUCAAAGGUGGAGCGUGAAUACCAGAAGGAUCCAGUAUUCAGUCACUUAAAUGAAGUCUUUUGGUCAGAAAUUACCUUUUUGACACAAGCCUACUGAAUGCUGUGUAUAUAUUUAUAUAUAAAUAUAUCUAUUUGAGUGAAACCUUGUGAACUCUUUAAUUAGAGUUUUCUUGUAUAGUGGCAGAGAUGUCUAUUUCUGCAUUCAAAAGUGUAAUGAUGUACUUAUUCAUGCUAAACUUUUUAUAAAAGUUUAGUUGUAAAUUAACCCUUUUAUACAAAAUAAAUCAAGUGUGUUUAUUGAAUGGUGAUUGCCUGCUUUAUUUCAGAGGACCAGUGCUUUGAUUUUUAUUAUGCUAUGUUAUAACUGAACCCAAAUAAAUACAAGUUCAAAUUUAUGUAGACUGUAUAAGAUUAUAAUAAAACAUGUCUGAAGUCAA